AGCCAGCCUGCAAGAACUGAAACCAAACCUAAGGCAAAAGCACCUUCCACAAAGACAGCUGAUCGCCUUACAGACGACCCGGGCGUCACAGAAGGCCUCAUGCUACCGGAAGAAAGAGCUUUUGUGGUGAAGAAUUCUGAUAUCAUGGGGCGCUCCCCCUCCAACUCCUCGUCCACCACCUUCAACUCCAUCGCCUACGCCUCCACUUUUUGUGAUGAAGGAUCAGCUGCAAGAUAUGGAGCUGGUUCUGGUAGAUAUGGAGGUGGUUCUGUCAAGAAGUGGAAGUGGUUCUGCCAGAGAGAUCGACGUGGUUCCGACGAUGAUGUAGAGAUGGAUAUGGCUGUGGGGGAAGAUGAGAAGGUGCCUGCGGCUAGUGUGGCAGAGGCAGCGACGGGGGGCUGUCGAGUGCUUCGGUGUGUGAAGGAGUGGUGGUGGGCGGGAAUUGGAGUAAGGCGGCGAUGGCACACAGGCAAAGGAGCCGACAGUAACGACGGUUGCGGCGGCGGCGGUUCAGUGUGCUCAGGAGAGACGCGUGUUUGA